UCCGAAGGAGUUGCAAGUACUGAAGCGGCACUCGCAGAAGGUGUACGCUUCGCCCAGUCGAAGGCGGAUGGACACUAAAGGAUAUUCUGGUCAGAGAUGGAGAGAUGGUCUGCGUUGAGUUGGUUGCGGCAGAUCGGGCCGGAACGGUGCAGGGCGUCAUCUUCUUAGGCUCCAUCCGAUACGACGCCCUCAAGAAGGUCUACGAUGCCAGGCAAUCUAGUCUGAGUACGAAGAUGGCACAGAGGAUGACCUUUGGAUUGUUCUCCACGUCGAAUACGCAGCGAUGCGAGUUCGUUCGGAUGAAGGGUCCUCAAGGCAAAGGUCACGCAGAGAUGGCUGUGACUAAACCGAAAGGGUCGGGUGUGGAGACUCCGACCUCGGAGCCGGGCUUCUGCGCUACAGACAUGUGGGAUUCGGAUUGGGAGGAAGACCCGGAGGACUUCUACACGUACCGCCAACAGAGGAGACUGAGCGAUCCGAGCGCAAACAUCAACAAUUUCGUACGCGGAGGCUGGAAGACCAAGCUCGAUGUAAAGUCGCGCUCCGAGAACGAAGGACUCGACUCCAUGGAUAACGGGCUCAGCGAGAUCGAGGCAGGCGAUCUACGUGACGAUGUCUCUGGCCCUACUUCAGGCUUAAAAACGGACUGUUGCGGUUGCUUCCAUCGCAGGAAGCGCGGCUCCGUCGCCCUCUCCGACGUGUACGGCCGCAGGUGCUGCUCGUCGCCGGAAAAGUGUGCGGUCCGGUCGCCCCUCGGACCACCCGAACAUCAGUGCAGCUGCAGCGUCAACCCCAAGACGACGAACAGCCUCCUUCUGAAUGAAUCCGAGUACGAAUUGGGCAAGGAGAAGAUCAAAAGGAAGGACAAGAAGCGGAAGGAUAAACCGAAGCUAACUGAAUUCGAGUUCGCGGACGACGCUAUCAGUCUGAACAAUGACGAUGUUCCGCAUUACCAAGAGACCUCCUUUAACACCGAGAAUCCUUAUAUCACUGUGAACGGCAAGGAGGAGCUGCCGUGCGCCGAAGAAGACGUCAAGAACAUAUCCAAUACGACACCAGCGUUCAGCAGGAAAACCGAGCCAGCCGUCAAGGACGACAACAAACCGAACAGCAAUCUGGAUAGCAAUUACAAUAGAUUAGCAGGGAACAGCAGCAAAGUUUAUGGUUACUGCACGCUUCCCAAAAGGAGGAACUCUGUGAACAAUAGGAAAACUUUUGGACCUCCGAAGAGAGUUACACCCGACGGCACCCAUAUUUACUACUGGUGUGAUUUACCCAAAAAGACCAACAAUGAGCUCGAUGACGGCGCGUACAAUCCGCUGUGGACGAUGCGCGGUUUCACUCAGACAUUCCACUUCUGGAAGGAGAAUAAAAGGGCUCAAUCCGUACCACUCAACGCAUUCCUCACUUACGUCACCUUGCCCUGGUGGAGCAUCGCCAAAGAUAUACUGGAUCACCGGGAGGAGCCGAUCCUAACCUUCUAGUAUUUACCCAAACAGUAGUAUUUUCUUUUAAUUAUUCAAUUUUACUCGAAACACUUUUUCGUUUAAUUUUCUCUCUGCGUAAAUGAAUACUCGUAAAUUUGUGUCCGACCCGACGAACCGAAACUUGAUAUUUUGUACAAUUAGCGAAAGAAAAAGAAAAACUUAUGAUAUUUAGUGUUAAACGGAAGAGAACGAAAUAUUUUUAAUAACGCAUAUUUUCGAAGCACAAUGACGUCUCGUUAUCCUCCCCCCAGGUUAUCUGUGAUUCCUCCGUUCGUUCGUUCGUUUCCAACGCAAAAUUGGAAGACAGCAGGAAUAAAUCCAAAACCAAAGAAAUUGACUUAUUUAUUAUUAUUAUUAUUGUAAUCUUAAAGGAACGGUGUUGUUUUUGUGUAUA